AUGGCUGACGGAAAACCAGUUAGAGUUUCACAAUGGUACUUCGGUGGGUUAGCAUCAGCGGGGGCUGCUUGUAUCACUCAUCCCUUGGACCUACUCAAAGUCCAAAUGCAAACACAAAAAGGAAAAAACAUAUCUAUGUUCCAGCUUACGCAAAUAGUUCUAAAAAACCAAGGUAUAAUGGGACUUUAUAAUGGAAUAUCAGCCUCACUCCUCCGACAAUUGACUUAUUCAACAGCAAGAUUUGGUAUUUAUGAGGUGUCCAAGCAACAACUGGCACCAAAAGAUGGCUCUGCAAUACCUUUCUAUAUGUCUGCCUUCUUGGCUGGGUUGGGAGGUUUUGCUGGGGGCUUUGUUGGCAAUCCAGCUGAUUUGGUUAAUGUGAGAAUGCAAAAUGAUGUCAAGCUACCACCCGAGCAAAGAAGAAACUAUAAAAAUGCAAUCCAUGGAUUGUAUCGUGUAGCAGCACAGGAAGGUAUAUUACGACUGUGGGCCGGAGCAUCUAUGACAUGUAGCAGAGCUGCCCUUAUGACGAUUGGACAGCUUUCAUUCUACGAUCAAAUCAAGUCCAUAUUACUGGCUUCCCCUUAUUUCGGUGAUAAUGUUAUCACUCAUGUUACUUCGAGUUUAUCAGCAGGUGCAAUAGCAACAACAUUAACACAACCAGUAGAUGUGUUGAAGACAAGAGCGAUGAAUGCAAAACCAGGUGAGGUUACGAGUAUAUUAAAACUUAUUCAGAAUACUGGAAAGGAGGGACCAUUGGCAUUUUUCAAGGGUUACAUUCCAGCAUUUGUGAGACUCGCUCCGCAUACUAUAUUGACAUUUGUAUUUCUUGAACAACUAAGGAUGAACUUUGGUGUUAUAAAACUUAAUGUAAACAAUUAA